CCUCCCUCUCUCUGCAGUAUUAUAGCCAUACGGUGCUGUCUCUCGCAGUUGUUGUUUGUCUCUUGGGCGAGACACAUCGAGAGAGUGCUGUGCCGUGCUUAUUAACAAAUAUAUUAUUAUAACACGAGGCCUUAACGACUCAAGUCCUCGAGUUAAUAACCAAGUAAAAGAUUUAUUAAAUUGUAAAUUUAAUAAAUAGUUCUUUGAGUGUCGAACAAAUUAGUAAAAAAAAAAAAUAACAGUGCAAACAUGAGCUGGCAAGAUUACGUCGACAAGCAGCUGCUCGCCUCGCGUUGUGUUACCAAAGCGGCUAUCGCCGGUCACGACGGCAACCUCUGGGCCAAGUCCGAAGGUUUCGAUGUGAGCAAAGAGGAGCUGGCCAAGCUCGUCCAGGGCUUCGAGGACCAGGGCGUGCUAACGUCCUCGGGCGUCACCCUGGCGGGCAGCAGGUAUAUCUACCUGUCCGGCACAGACCGCGUCAUAAGGGCGAAGCUGGGCAAGGUCGGCGUGCACUGCAUGAAGACGUCACAGGCCGUGGUGGUGUCGCUCUACGAGGAUCCCAUCCAGCCACAGCAGGCGGCCUCCGUCGUCGAAAAAUUGGGCGACUACCUCCUGUCCUGCGGCUAUUAGUGAUCUUUUUUGGGGACCCAUCAUACAAAUAUUUUUAAUUAUUAAUUAAAAAGAAAGAAACAGACAAAAAAAGCUAAACAAUCGAUGCAGUCAAAGAUGAUUUCAUAAAUGAUCGAAGUUACAAAAAAAACAAACAAAUGAAGUUGAUGAUUUAAACGAAUAGUUAAAGAAAAACGAACGAUGUUUUUUUAUAUAUUAUGUAAAAGGAGAAGAUUUUGAAGGAAACAGCAAGAGGGAUUAAUGUGCGCCGGCGCCACGCACGGCAGCGGCGCAGGCCCGCUGCUCACUAUUUAAUACAAAAAAACACAAAUACACAUCAAUUACGCACAUUAAAAUUAAAAAAAAAAAUACUCAUAUACACACACUUAACACAUGUCUUGUCUCUACAAGAAAUCCUCAGUCAUACAACGCAAACACGUACAUAUCUUAACACACUUACACUCUUACAUGCUUAUCCUGCGAAGAAGAAGUUCUUGCGUUCUUGCGAUCCUGUGAAAAAAAACAACAACAUCAUUGAAACCUGCUUGUUUUCAAAGAAAAGCUCGAUCAUCCCUUCCGAUGAGCUUUUGAAGCGAUGUCAGUGAGACGAAAAAAAGGCGGACUGUUACACGGUCAAAAAGUGUCGGGCCAAUUGACACUGCAGUGAUAACCUUGGCCGUGCUCGACAACCGAGGGAGACGGAAUCACCGAACGGAGGGACGACUUUUUUGGAGGAACAACGUCACACUCGAGAAAUAAAAAAAAACAAUAGUGAUAAAAACAAAAUAAUAAUAAUAAACAAGAAAAACUGAACAAAAAUUCAAUUGAACUAUUUCUAAUAUUGGCAUAAUAAGAUGAAAACAUACAAAAAAAAGAAAAAAUAAUGUAACACACAAAAUACAUUAAGGUUUACAUUUUACGAAAAAAAAAACUUAUUGUCGAGAUGUAAUUUUGUACUAUCUCCCGCUCCACCACGCCAAUCCUCUACAUCCAUUGUGGAAAUUGUCUCGCAUUUUCCCUCGCCAGCUGAAUCUGCUCUCCAAUUCUAUUUAAUUACUUCAGCAACUUUGUUUCUCUCUACAUUUUUUUUCGUCGUCGACCUAUUAAAGUUGUUUGCUUUGAUUUUGUUUUGUACACUGAAACUUUUCUCUUUUCGUUUAUUUAUUCGCUUCUCCCCACGCAAUUUUUCAACGAAUGCACGUAUAUGAAUGCCUCUAUCCUCCUCUCGUUCUUGAUUUUAUUUGCAGCAUACACAGUAAAGACGCACCGCCUACUUUUUUGUUGCCACCACUCUCUACCCUUAUCACAAUAGGUGUAGGCAACCUAAUAUAGAUAGGGAUUAUUAGAAAUUAAACGGAUGAAAACUAUUUCUUAUUCUAUAGAUGGAGUAUUAAACGUGCUAAAAAAAACAAACUUUUCUACAAAUUGAAAUAAACUAGUGAUCAAAUUUUCUACUUUGUAUGUGUAAUUGUUAGUUUACAGACUUUUUAUAACAGGAUUUUGAUACAUUUCUAUGCGUGUUUAAUGUAAAAAAAAAGAACUGACUGGUCGAGUUUAACACAUUUUAUCCGAAGUACUUCAAUCAUAUUAAUUGCAAUCAAAACGAACUUUUUGAAACUUUUACAAGACGAAAUAAUAAUUAACUUUAUAAAGCAGCAUUGAAAAGAGUACACAGAUCGUGAAGGUGUGAUAAGGAUCGAAAUAAAAAUCGAAAGGUCAGUUUUUGUCGAGAGCGUAUAAUAAAUACAUGACACGCAGGUGAACAACAUGAGAUAUGUUGAAAUUGAAAGGCAGAGAAGAAAUGUUGAAAAUAAAAAUGACCUGUACGCACAAGGAUGAGUCACACUAUACGUAGAAUUAAUUGAUCUCGAAAGGAAGUUUUUUUUUUAAAGAGACGAUCGACGAAGGACUCGAGUUGGCUCUCGAUCCUAUUUAAUACAUGGCUGCCGUAGCCGCUCGCACAAAUGCGUGAUAAUUAGCUAUGUACUAUCUUAUUAUUGCUAUAUAUAUGAAUAUAUUUGAAUACUAAAACAGAUAAAAAAAAUAAAUAAAAUAAUAAUUGUGAGGAAAGACGAAAGUAAACUGAAAAAAAGGAAGAAUCUCCUCAUAGCACGAGGACGAUUUAGACUGUAUUAAAAAAAAAGAGAGAAGAAGAAGAAUAGAAUCGUGAUAAUACAUAAAUUAUUAUAACGAAGAUUGGAGUGCGUGUCAUAUUGCUGAAAUUUUUAUUAGAAAAAUGUGAAGAGCCGAGGCGAGUUUAAAUAAUGUUUUAAUAAAAUGAAUAAAUAAGUAACAAUGUUGAAAACUAUCGUACGCAUAUUGUAAGAAAAUUCAUUAUUUCCACUCAUACACAUACACACACGCAAACACGUAAGUACAUCCACGCGAAGAAACAAAGCUUCAUCACACACGACCACAACAAUAAAAGCCCCGCACAACAAUCGGUCAUUGAAUCAUAAUUUUACAUACGGAUUACUCAUUGCCGCGGCGCACGCGAGGUUUAGCGCGUGUGUGGUGCGCUGCUGCUCAUGAAAAUAAAUGCAUUAUUGUAAGUCUCUUAGUAUGUAUUGUACUCGAGGAAAACACGAAUGACUCGCGCGCGCACGAUACUGCUCACGCGGGCGAUUUUUCGUCUCGACGCCACUCUAUAAAUAUUCAGCUUAACUAACCCUUUUUUUUGUUGAUUGGAAAAACAAUAUUUCCCGAGCAAACAAGAGCAUGAACGUACACAGCGAGCUCGAGAUCGCGGAGCUUUUUUGAGUAUUUUUUUGGUUUGUUUUCGCGCGCGGUCGAAUUUCCAUACUUCGUUAAUUAAUCACCGGCGCCCAAGUUUUUCGGGCGGAAAGUUUCCUCGAGGCUGACUCUCGGAGGGGCUAAUUAUCAUUGAGUUGUCGGGGUGACGGGGGAAAAAACGACAAAUAAAAAAGAAACGAACGAUACAUUCGUGUGUUUCGGAACAACUGACCCGAAGUUUCACAAAGUUCCUCGUCUGGAAUUGAAAAACAAAAAAAAUGUGACGAAGCCGCAGCGAUUUACGCAUAUAUAUGCCAGUGAAAAAGCUCGAACGAGUUAAUUUUCAGCAUAAUAAUAAUGAUAAUGACGCGAAAAGCACUCGUCACUCAUGCGCAUUCAUCUUACCGUAAACAAGCCCCGGGGCACACUCGAAUAAUACACGUACACACUCAAAUACACAUGGUCACACCAACAAAAGUAAACUAUGUGCGUGAUAAGGAUUACCUAUAAAUUAACUCUACUGUAAUUAAUACUGCUACCAUUGCCGUAAUUCGUAAUAACUGUUUGCUUGUCGAGAUAUUUUUCGUGCGCCAGAGCACGACGAGAGCACGUCGAAAUAUUUCUCUGGGCUCAACGGAACAAAUUAAUAACGAAAAUUAUCAAAGUUGAAUUAAUUAAUUUCACAUUGAGAAUCAUUACUAUUGUUUUCAACAAUUUUUCAAGUAUUACAAAGAAUAGAGAUUCGAAAAGUGGAUAUCAAAAAUAACGUCUACUUUUUAUUACGUACAUUACGUCACUUGUAAAAACGAGGAGCUUUGAAACUACCUUCGUUUCCUCUUUUCGGAAUUUUGUUUUCCUAUGGCAAAUAGCCCAAAAAAUUGUUACUUCCGCUGUUGCCACUUGUUUCCGCAGAGCUAAAUUGUGAACGAUACACACGACUAUAACUAUAAUCUAUAGCCGAACUUGUGUGCAUUGAGUUUCUCUCUCUCGCGCGUGACUCUUCAUUACGUAGGAGCUACUUUUUGUGAUACGUUAUCAUUUACGAUGUACGAUUUUUAAUUUUAAUGAAAAAAAAAGGAUAAAAUUUUUGAAAAAGGAGCAUCUCUUUUUUGCAUGUCGUUGUGUUCUCCACUUUGAAAUGCGUCGACAGGAUAAUUUCAUCGCACCGGAGAAGAUCAUUUGUAUUGGAUAACUCGAUUAAAGUUUAAAUGCACGUGACUCUCCGCAAGUUGGCGGUGAGAUGUCUAUCUGCCGAUGCAUUUCGAACGGUUCUUUACUCAAAUAAUUAAUGUUAAAUAAAGAGAAUUAAAUGUGUAAAAAGACUUUGUAAAGAUUUAAAUUUCUUCCAGUAAUAAGAAAAAAAAUGAAAAAAAUAAACUCUUUCGACAGAA